ACUGGUGACACUGUUAAACUGGUCAUUGCAGAAGCUGCACCAACAGAUGCUGGAACUUACGAAUUAAUCGCUGAGAAUCCACUUGGUUCCAUUGAAUGCAGCGCUCGAUUGACAGUUAAUUCACCACCGGUCAUUGUCAAAUCUACACCAUCACCAAUCAGUGUUGCUGCUGGUCAAGUUCUUUACAUUUCAUGUGAAGUAACUGGUUAUCCUCGACCAACGAUGAUCUGGGAACCAGAUAACAAUCGAGCACGUACAGAACAAUCCGAUACAUUCGUUGCUCUAUCAGUGUCGAAAGUUCGUGCCAAUGAAGGUGGAAAUUAUAAAUUAAUCUUGAAGAAUGUUGCUGGUACAGCUGAAGCAUCGUUCGAAGUCAAGAUUCAGAAUGUUCCACAGCCAGUACGCAAUCUCAAGAUCGAUAAUAUUCAUGCCGAUUCAGCUCAUGUGACAUGGGAAGAGCCAGCAGAUGACGGUGGCUUACCUAUCACAUCUUAUUUUGUCGAAUAUCGCGAUACACGCCGUUCGCAGUAUGUUCGAAGUGAACGUCUUACAGCUCAAACAUUGGAAUAUGAGUUGACUCGCUUAACAAAAGGUUCUAAAUAUAGUGUGAGAGUAUUGGCAGAAAACAAAUUAGGUCAAUCGGAACCAACGGAAAUCACCGAACCAUUUGUAGCGAAGAAUCCAUUCGAUGUACCAAGUGCACCACGCGACUUGAAAGUCACUGG